CCCACUGCGUUACCGCGCUCGCGCCUGCAGGCUGUUGGAGAGGAGUGCUCCGCGCGCGCCGCUCCAUAUCCUCGCCCUUUUAUUGCAGCGCAGGAACAGAUCCGGGACGAACGGACGGUUUUAAGCAACAGCAGCAGCACUAAAGGCUCAGUUCUACUCCUCCUCUCCCUCUCUCUCUCUCUCUCCCCUCCUCCUCCUCCAUCAUCAUCACCGCCUUCGCUCCCCCUCCUCCUCCUUCCUUCCUUCCCCGGUUUAUUCCUCCGCGAUUUUUCACCGAGAUCCGCAGCCGGGUGAACGCACAGAGCUUUUCGGUAAGGGGACUUUACUCGAGAGCGAGGCCCCCCGGCCCCCUCCUCCUCCUCCUCCUCCUCCUUUUCCUUUCCCCCGCUCCCUUUUCGCUUGACUUUUUUUUCCUUCGUGCGAACGGAUUUAUUUGGAGGAUUUGUGAGCUCCGGACGAGGCCGCUGGCUUGAGCGCAGGAGGGGGGAUGACUUUAGAGUCUAUGAUGGCUUGCUGCCUGAGCGAAGAGGCGAAGGAGUCGAAACGGAUCAACGCCGAAAUCGAUAAGCAGCUGCGCCGAGACAAGCGGGACUCGAGGCGGGAAUUAAAGCUUCUCCUUCUCGGGACGGGAGAGAGCGGCAAGAGCACAUUCAUCAAACAGAUGCGCAUCAUCCAUGGCACCGGCUACACGGACGAAGACAAGCGCGGCUUCACCAAGCUGGUCUACCAGAACAUCUACACGUCUAUGCAGUCCAUGAUCCGCGCCACAGAGACGCUCAAAAUCGGCUACAAGUACGAGCAGAACAAGGCCAACGCCAUGCUGGUGAAGGAGGUGGACAUCGAGAAGGUCUCGUCAUUUGAUCAGCCCUACGUGAACGCCAUUAAGAUGCUGUGGUCAGAUCCGGGCAUCCAAGAGGCCUACGACCGCCGCAGAGAGUACCAGCUCUCUGACUCCACUAAAUACUAUCUAUCCGAUCUGGACCGUAUCUCCGAGCAGCACUAUCUGCCCACCCAGCAGGACAUACUUAGGGUCCGAAUCCCAACCACGGGCAUCAUCGAGUACCCUUUCGACUUGCAAAGCAUCAUUUUCAGAAUGGUGGAUGUGGGUGGGCAGAGGUCUGAGCGCAGGAAGUGGAUCCACUGCUUCGAGAACGUCACGUCCAUCAUGUUCCUGGUGGCGCUGAGCGAGUACGACCAGGUGCUGGUGGAGUCUGACAACGAGAACCGUAUGGAGGAGAGUAAAGCGCUUUUCAGGACGAUAAUCACAUAUCCGUGGUUCCAAAACUCCUCGGUCAUCCUCUUCCUCAAUAAGAAGGACCUCCUGGAGGAGAAGAUUUCCUAUUCCCACCUGGUCGACUACUUCCCAGAGUUUGAUGGGCCGCAGCGGGACGCGCAAGCAGCGAGGGAGUUCAUCCUCAAGAUGUUCGUGGAUCUGAACCCCGACAGCGACAAGAUCAUCUACUCGCACUUCACCUGCGCCACGGACACGGAGAACAUCCGCUUCGUCUUCGCCGCCGUGAAGGACACCAUCCUGCAGCUCAACCUCAAGGAGUACAACCUGGUGUAGGCCGCCGUUGCCGGGGACUACUCGCACAUUUCAGCACAGAACAGACACACACACCCCUACAAACACACACACACACACACACACAAACACACACACAACACUCAAUAACCUAUGGUCCACUUUGUUUUCCAGCCUUCUAGUUUUUCGUCCAGCUGCGUGAGGGUGUUCCAGACCUUCCCUGCUUUUACCCUCUUGUCUGUUUUGCCAAAACCCAUCCACUUUCUCUCGUCGGCAGCUCAUGUCCAAGCCCUCCAUCCCUCCAUCCAUCCCUCCCUCCUUCUCUUUCGUUUCUUUGAAUUGGACCAUUGGGAAUUAUUAUUAUUUUAUUUUUUUUCAGAUUUGUUGACGGGGGGGGCGGGGUUAUAGAAUCAGACUUCUUGUUUUCACUCUCGUUUUGAAAGUGUUUUAAAAAAAAAAUAUAUAUAUAUAUAUAUAUAUAUAUAUAUAUAUAUAUAUAUAUAUAUAUAUAUAUAUAUAUAUCGGUUUAAAACGACAGAAUUGAUCAGACGAUAUCGUGUUUAUCGACAAAGUUGCUAGCGGAAACUGGAAUUGACAUCCCUUACCUUUCCUUCUACUUCUCCAGUCAAAUCUUCGUUCUGCCUGCCUGGAUGGAUGGAUUGAUUUUUUUUUUUGUUUUUUUUGUUUGUUUUUUUUUUUUCUCCCCCCCUGGCUUUUUCAUCUUGCCAAUGAGAGGGGGAAAAAAUGUUCAAAAAGAAAGUCUCAUCUUAUUUACACACGGACACAAGGACAAGCGCUGUGGUGCUAGAAGUUCUGAAUGGCUCCAUUACACGUUUUCAGAGGAGUCAAGAAUCCAAAGGAUUUUCCAGCGGGUUCCACGGGCGGUGCGAGGCGAGUGUUCACCUCACAUCGAUGAAUGUACACUUUGUGAGCAUUGUAUUGGGGGGGGGGGGGGGGGUGCGUAACGACCGCAUGAAGAUAAGAGGUCGAGGUCAUGCAAAUCGAUGUACAUUGCUCAGAUGAUCAUUUAAAAAAAGUUGUAAUGAUAGGUUACUAUAGCUACUGCUGUUAUCACAUAAAGUAUAACAGCACCUCAAAGAUGGGGAAGAAAAAGAACAUUUUAAAGAUUAUCCGGAUUUAUCAGUGUGUAGUACAGAUAUUGACUCAGUAGGUAUUGUUUUGGCAAUUUUCACACAGUUUAAGAUGUUCCAUUACUUCUUUCCCAUGUUUAUUUUAAGGAUUUUUUUUUUUUUUACAUAGGAACUGCUUGCAGCUUUCCUUGUUCACAGCCCCCCCCCCCACUAAUUUUUCAAAAUCAGUUGCUGGUACCAUACUCUGCAUGACUAGCCUCAUUUCUUUUUCUUUUCUUUUUUUCCAGAUACUUCAACAGUGCACUCAGUAAUAUCACCACCAAGUAGUGGCCUGACGCACACAUUAUUUUAUUCGUUUACGUUUUUUUUGUUUGUUUCUUUUUGUUUUUUUAACACGGAGACAUCUUGUGAAAUAAGAGUUUGUGGAGACACGUGCGUUAAUUUAGCUUGGUUUGGGGUCGGGAGCUAGUGUUAAGUGAAGGGGGGGUGGGAGGGGGUGCAGGAGGUCGCAAGUUAAUUGAUUGUGUAUAUUUAUAUUUGUAAAUACGUAUACACUUUAUUGCUUAUGUAAAAAAAAAAAAAAAGUCUGUGGUACAGUAUCUUUGGCAAAACGGAAAAAAAAUGACUUCGUAAUUGUGUACGGUUUCGGUUGGUUACUUAUGAAUUACAAUAUUAUUGAUACUGUGAUUUAUUCUUUUUUUUUCUUCACUAUGAUUAUUCAGAAGACAUACGCGUAGCUGUACAUGGAAGCGGUUCUGAGCAAUAGUGUGAAGAAAAAUCGAAGAGAGAAGCGUUUGGGGUUUUUUUUCUUUUCUUUCUCUCGGGUUUGGAAGAAAACCACGAGUACAGCCCCCUCUUACGGUGUGAAUGUUAUUACUCUCGGUAUAUAAAGAUCUGAAACAGUUUUUCAAGAAGGGGAAUUAACUAAAGAUUAACUAAAGUUAAUAAAGAAGUGUUUAUUUAUCUAACUUAUGGACCAGUUUUGAAGUCGGUGGGGUCUUUUUCUGCUGUACAAAACUUUAUGGAUAUAUUCGCUUUUAUUGCAUUUAAUUUACCUUUUUUUUUUUUCCCCCUGGAAAAAAAAACAAACAAAAACAAAUCGGCAACAUGAUCUUACAUUAUCCAGAUUUUCUUCCAUUCUUUAUAAACUUUCAGAUUUCCAUGUGAUAUUGAAGUGAAGUACUUUUAAAACAAAUAGUAAAGUCUUUUAUGACCCAUAGAACAUCUAAGCGUACAAUUUCUUUUCCUUUUUAAAUCACGUGCGGUUUGUUCACCGUUGUACAAAUGAUGAGUCGGGGGAGGGGGGAGAGGAAGGGUGUUGCCGUUUUCUGCAGGUUCCCUUUCAUGGUUUAUCAUCAAGGGCUAACAACAUGCAUAAAAUCCUCACGCCAGGCCGGGACAGGUGAAAAGGCGACACGAGCAAAGUCUCAUCGUCACGGACUUUGUCUCCGCAAAGUCACGGAGGAUCGGGGUUUUAUAGCUUUUAUGGUCCGGCCGCUCGUCCCGUCAGAUUACAUUUCCCGCCCUUCGUUUUUUAAACCAACAUGACUUCUUUGAUCAGCCUUUGUGGUUAAAAAUAAUAAUAAUAAUAAAUACAUAAAGAUACAAACAACAAAACACUAAGCUCCCAGUUCGAAAGGUGAUUUAAUAUUAAAGGCGAGUUACCUUGCUGUAAUAAUAUCAUAAUUUCUAGAAGAUUCCGAAGUGAAUUUCACGCGCUAGUAAAUAACCGCUGGUGCCGAUUGAAUCUAAAUUGACGCACAGACAGCAUCCUGUGAAUUCUUUAUGUCGGAACGGCCCAAAUUCCAUACGUACUGAGCGGAGGUGCCAAGAUGUGUGGAUUAGCUGGAGCGUUUAGAAAGUUUCGCCCCUUACUUCAGCAUUAUUGAAUACAUUAAUAUAGCUAAAAACUAUGCUUUUUCAGCUAAAGGCUGGCUCAUAUAUUGUUCACUACUCACCUGUGUGUCUUAUGUAUAUCUGAAGGAUUAAAAGCAAGUUCCACUAGAAGGCAUGUGUUGGCCAGAACAUCCCUGUCUGUCUGUCUGGUUUCCAAGUAAAUGUUUUGCACAGUGGCAUUAAACACGCUAAUGAGCUCGGUUUCUUUUGCGAACAUUCCGCCGUCGUCGUGAUCGUCGUCAUGAGCUGUCUCAAAUCAAAAACUCUCGACUUUACAUUCAAAAGAAUUCCUUUCAGUAUUCCUUUCAGUAGGUUCGACACCUAAUAUGAGGUUUUUCGAAGAUAAAUGCGGUAGACGUUUUACGUAAUCAUAUGCAUAGUUAAAAACGAGUAGAAUCCAGGCCUGGGUUUUCUUGUUAAUAAUGUUUGCACCUCUGCAUUAAUCUAAAAAAAAUUUUUAGGCUGUUUGUCGGGUUUUCUACACACAGACCUUCAGUAAAUUAGAACCCUGGUGAUGUCUAGAGAGGGGAAAAAAGGCAAGUGUUUAUUUAUUUGUUUACGUCAUUUAUAAUAAUCUAGAGGUGGCUAAAUCUCUGCUAGGCAAAACUGAAAUCUGAUUUUUUAAAAAAAUUUUAUUUAUUUAUUUUUUUUUUGAUAACUGAAUGAGGAAGAGCUCAAAUCUCUACAAUGCACAUGAUUUGAAGAUUUAAAAAUUAGGCAACACUCCAAUUUUGCUCGGCAGUAUUUGUUUGGUCUCUACAGAGCCUAACAGUCUUUACCAAACUAGAUCUCCGGUUUAUUAAAUACCCAAAAUGUUCAAAGUAAAAUCCUGCAUUAGUCAUGUCCUUUCUGUCUUGGAGUAUCUAUUGUAUAUCUGUGAUUUAGUCUUGGUUUGUGGAUUAAGAUCAUUAACGUCAAUCCGUUAACUGCGAUAUGGACGGAAGUCUCAGGAUGACAACACUAUGAAUAUGUAUUCGUUGGAGAGAAAAAAAAAAAGUCGUCGUCGUCCGAUUGUAAUGGAUGUACGUGCUUGUCCUAUGAGGACUCUUUAAGACAUGUAAUGGUCUGAUUUAUUUUAUACGCACUUUCUUUUUAAUCCUUUAGAAUUGUUGUUCUCAUGCCACAAAAUGAGUAAAGCUUCCAAAGCCCCUUUGAAGAGCAAGUCGGAGUUAGUGACUACGUAGAUCGCUUGAAUUAAUGGAAUGGACUCAGUUUGCCGUCGUCAUAGCAGUGGAAAAGUAUUUACGUUUUGAAGCUCAUCUGCCCAGCGAUCUUAGGAAAAUGUCUACCUCUAUUUGAGAGAUUUGGGGCAUUUUCAGUAUCAGGAGCAUCACAAGAAGAACAUUAAGCACAGUGCAGUGUAUUGUGAAGCAGAUUACUCAGUUUAAGAAUCUUUCUGGUCAUUUGUUUUUUUUUUUUUUAUUAUUAUUAUUAUUCCCAUUCAAUCAUAAACACUCAUAAUGCAGUAUUGGCCACCGUCAUUGUUACCUUGCAGUUAUUUAACAUUUCUGUAUUAUCAGAGUGCCUGAACGGAGUUAGCAUGAAUCAUGGUUUACACCCGGUUAUACAAGGAGAAGAAUACAUUAGCACAAGCGGCAAAGAAAGUGGUACAGCGGGUGUGAUUCACGGAAGUAGUGCUUCGUGCAGAGGAAUGAUUCAGUAGUAGUUUGUAGUGGCACUACUAUUGCAGGCUAGUACUUUAAAAUUCUUGUUUGGAAGUUGUGUAUGUCCCGUCGUCCCCGUCCCCCCUCCGUAUUUGGACACUAUUGAAUCCAAGAUCAUUUUACCAUCUCUUGGUAAGGAUGAUGCAGAGUGGCAUGUGAAACCUUUUUGUUUUGUCCCCCCCCCCCCCCCCCCCCCCCAUUAUAACAGGUGUAAAUGUUGUAUUAUAUCAUGUGCCAAUACCCUUCAUGGAGACUGACUUUAUAUAAGUGCCAACUGUCGUCCAGAUCCCACGAGGACCAAAAGAUGAGACGUGGUCCCCUUUUUAAAAACCGACGGAAACACUAAAUAAGAGAUAUACACACACACACACACACACACACACACACACACAAUGACUUUAUUCUGUAUUUAAGAUUUAAGAGAAACUACUGUUUUGUUUUGUUUUUUUAAAUAAAUUGUAAUUUUUAAAAUGCAUGUGCUCUGUGUUGGGGUUGGAGUUCAUGGGCUAAGAAAAUAUAUUAAUAUUAAAGCCCUCAAGGCGAGGGAUCAUAUUGGAUAUUGAUUUACAACAUUCUUGCCAUAUUUUUAUUUUGUUUCGUCUUUAUUUGUAUUGAUUCGUUUCAACCACUGUUGCCUGAACCUCAUUCAAACAUGGAAAAGAUUUUCAUAACCGCCUUCUAAAAAAAAUCUAUUAAAAAAAAAAUAAUAAAAAAUAAAGUAUCUGUUUUAAAUUUAAAUAAAUUUGUUCCUAUACUUGC